AUAUAAAAUUCGCCCACGUUCGUUGCUCAUUGUAAUGUAUUUAAUAUCCGAUGUGAGUUAACAAAAAGGUUUUGUGCGAUUUCUCGCAAUUUACAGUGAUAAACUCCCGAGGUAGCCACGUCGUGAAAAUUUAUAAGUUAUCAGAAGCUAAGCCAGCUGACAAAAGCCGAAGGAAGCAGCUUUAACAUUGGAAACAAGCGCGGAAUAGUGUCAAGAAUUUUCAAGAAAAAACAAUAUCUCAAUAAGGACCUGCCAACCCUUGGCCUAAAAGAAGCUAUGUUACACACUGAGUACAUUGGUCUUAGCGUAGCUUUCUCAAUCAUGGUCCUAAUGGACCUCUUUGGCAACACAAUGGUGGUCCUGGUGGUCCUUUUAAACAAGUCUAUGAGAACACCCAUGAACCGACUCAUGCUAAACUUGGCCCUUGCUGACAUGGUAGUGGCCCUUUUUGUUGCGAUACAGUUCGUAAUUGGACCCGAGUAUCAGCACCCUUCAGGCACCACCGGCUCCUUCCUGUGUAAGUUCAUUACUGGAGGGUGCAUGAUGUGGACAGCGGCUAUGGUCUCCAUAUGUAAUCUAGUUGUUAUUUCCGUAGAAAGAUACCAGGCAGUGGUGCGGCCGCUAUCCAAUCGCUCGAAACUCACUAACUCAAAGCUGAAAUUCAUCAUCCCAAGUUGCUGGGUAGCAGGCUUCCUGUGGAAUGUUCCUCUUUUAGUGGCCGUGACUUACAGGGAGGAUCUAGAAACCUGUGGCGAAAAGUGGCCUGACAAAUUAUCGCCAAUAGCUUACAGCUUAGGCUGGGCUGUAGUGGCAGGAGUGAUUCCUAUCUCUAUCAUGAGCUAUCUUUACUCAAGAGUGGUUCACAAGCUGUGGUCGGAUAGAACGCCUGCAGUGACUUCUACCUCAGCCAAGAUGGCCAUUUUGUCAAGAAGAAAAGCAACAGUCGCAGUCAUUGCCGUCAGUUUAAUCUACGCCAUUUGUUGGGUACCAGUGCUAAUGAUGUACUACGCGGCCGCGGCACUGCCAAAUCAUAUGGUAUACAGUCCCACGCAUAAAAUCACUGUCGUAUUAGCCAUGUUCAAUUCCAGUAUCAAUCCAGUGGUUUACAGCUUCACAAGCGCACGUUUUCGACAGCAUCUGAUAAGGCUCUUAAAAUGCAACUGCUCUACGAGGUGAAGCAAUUAGGGUAUUGCCUUUAAGGCAGUCACAGCGGGGAAACGAAGCCCCAGAGAACAGAAGCACAGAGAUAUGGGUCGUCAAGGUAACAUCAUCAAGGAGAAUACUCUCAGCAGAGACAGAACGUAGGAGCGGCGGAAUAUGUUAGCCUAUAAGGGAGAAGUGAAUCGUACUCUUUUACGUUGCACCUUCCCAUUCAAAGAAAGCCGUUAUGCUGGGAAACUCGUGGCUUUUUCGUCUAGAUCACGACUACUCUGAAACUAUCAGCUGGAUUUUAACUAAAAAGUACAGUUCAAGCCUGUUAAAAAUGUUAGUAUGCAUUGACUUUUUUAAAAAGAUUCGGCAAACUGAUUUUCAUGUUUAAUACACUUCGAUUAUAUUUUAUCGCUUUUAGCUCAUUUUUUUCUUUUGUGAUUUUUAAAUUAGCUUGAUGUAAAUACCUCUUCUUUUUUUUUAAAGCUUUUAUAAUGUUGUACAUUACUUAAUUUAAAUCGUGGAGCACCUGGAAACUAGCGAACAGCUAAGCGUGUACUUGUCCACGUUAAAUAAAGUAUGUCUAUGUCUAUGUCUAUGUCUA